GCCCCAGGGCAAGAGGGCACCUGUGAGGAAGUGUGUGUGCAGGCACUCGGGGGAAUCCUUCUCCCUGCAUGCACCCGGAGUGGAUGCCAGGUAAACUGAGGCCCGGAGGAGUGAAGUGCCGCCUCCAUGCCCUGCCUUCCACCUCCCACACCAGCAUGCCUGUCCUUGGUGGCAAUCUGGCACCGCCGAGUCACCCAUUUCCCAGAAAUGCCUGCUCGGGUGGGGUCCCUUGCCCGGCUUCCUGAACACAGGCGACAUCUGGGUUCCCGCUUUCUGGGCAGUUGGUGAGGGUGAGGGCCAACCGCACGCAGCCCUGAGGAGGAGCACGCCAGCCCCGGGCAGCCAUGGCGCCCAGGACAGGGGACCCAGGACGCCUGCUGCUGACUGUGGCUGCCGUCCUGCUGCUGCCCACCCCGAGGCCCCUCGGCUCCUGGGGGGCUCAGAUCAUCGGGGGCCAUGAAGUAACACCCCACUCCCGGCCCUACAUGGCGUCCGUGAGCUUCGAGGGGCAGCACCACUGUGGGGGCUUCCUGCUCCGGACCCGCUGGGUAGUCUCAGCUGCCCACUGCUUCACAGACAGGGACCCUCAUACUGGCCUGGUGGUGCUGGGGGCCCAUGUCCUGCAGCCCCCAGAACCCACACAGCAAGUGUUCAGCAUCACAGCUGUUGUUAAGCACCCUAAGUUCCAACCUGAGACCUACGCCAAUGACAUCUGCCUGCUGAGGCUGAAUGGCUCUGCGGUCCUGGGCCCCGCCGUGGGGCUACUGAGGCUGCCUCGCAGAGGUGCUCGGCCGCCUGUGGUGGGCACACCGUGUCACGUGGCUGGCUGGGGCUUUGUGUCGGACUUCGAGGACCCUGCACCAGCACUGAUGGAGGCGAAAGUCCAGGUGCUAGGCCUCGAUGUCUGCAACAGCUCAUGGCGGGGCCAGCUGAGCCCUGCUAUGCUCUGCACCUGCAGUGGGGACCGACGGAGACGUGGCUUCUGCUCGGCAGACUCUGGGGGGCCGCUGGUGUGUGGGAGCCGGGCCCAUGGCCUUGUCUCCUUCUCAGGUGUGUGGUGCGGGGACCCCAAGACGCCGGACGUGUACACACAAAUGUCUGCCUUUGUGGCCUGGAUUUGGGAUGUGGUUCGGGGCAGCCCUUACCUGGGAUUCUAGGGCACCCCCAGAUGAAAGGCAAGCUAUGCUCAGCAGCUUGGAUAUAGAAUAAUCUGGAACCCAGAAACUGAAGCCCUGGUGUCCAGUGAAGGAGGCCUUCAUUCCAAAUGGAAAGAGCCAAAUGGAGUUGGGGAGGAAGCUGAGAUCUGAAGAUCACUUGACUUGAAGCCAACCUGGGCAGACAAACCCAGGAGUAAACUAGUAAACCAAGUAACCAGAAAAAAGCCAGAAAUGGAGGUGUGACAAAGCAACCAGCCUUGAUUAAAAAGCCAGGGGAGAG